CUGUUUCUAGAAACAGGCUUCUUCAUAAGCUCCAUCUUGCUAACCGACCAUGAGUGCCCGGAGCCGUCAGAAUUACACCACUGAGGUGGUGGCCAUAAUCGAUCGCCUGAUCAACAUGCACCUGGAGGCCUCUGAUAGGUAUCUCUCUCUGGCAUUCUUUUUCAAAGACAACACGCCUGUGGGAGGCCUGGUUCACUUCUUCCGGGAUCUGUCUGAAGAGAAACGUCAGGCUGCCUAUCUUCUCCUGAUGCAAACUCGACCUAGCGGCUGUGACCACUUCUCUAAUGAGCAGAUGAUUCCGUCAUAUCACUGUGAUGGGAGCGUGCACGCCAUGGAAACUUCCUUGGCCCUGGAGAAGAGCCUGAACCAAGUCCUUCUGGAUCUGCAUGCCCUGGGUUCAGCCAACGCAGACUUCCAACUCUGCCACUUCCUGGAGAAGCACUUCUUAGAGAAGGAGAUGACUCUCAUCAAGAAGAUUGGGGACUACCUGGCCAACCUCCGCCAGCAGGCCAGCGAGGAGGAAAACCUGAGUGAGUGUCUCCUCAAAAGGCUCACGUUCAACAGCGACUAAGGACUUCUGAAGUCCAUGGCCGGUGGCCUUGAGGAGCCGCCUUUUUUUUUUUUUUCUUUUUCUUUUUCUGAUACCAGCUUCUUGUCCAGCUCAACAUCACCUGCUAAAGCCACAUGCCAAAUGGAAACAAAGUUUCUUUGCGUAGACAAAAACAGCUAAGUUGGGGGUGGAAUGAAGGAUUUGUUAUCUGACAGUCUCUGGCAGUGUUAAGUAAGCCGUUCUUUUCUGAAUCUAAAGAACUGAAACUGUGUUUGGUCUGCCCCCCCCCAAAAAAAAACCGUAAUAAUUCAUAAAAAUUGUAUGCAGCCUUAGUUGUCACGGUGUGAUUUGAACCAAUUCUGGCUGCUGGACUAUGUUCCAGAUGCAUUCUAAAAUAUAUGGUUAAUUUUUGUCGAGCAGAAAAAAAAUGGACUGACUAUCUGGACUACAUCAUAUUGUAUCCCCACUUCCAAAUGGCCAUCAGUCACCAUCUAAUUGCUUUCCCUGACCUCCAAGUUGAUGUGAUACCAUCUGAUAAUUCUCGGGAACCCAAGAAGCAGCAACCCCAUGAAGGGAUAUCCCAUCAUCGUGGCAUAUCCCACUAGGUUACUGCUGACAACAUGAACUAUCUACUAUACACUGACCUCUCGAUGAAGAUUCUUAAGAUAAACGUUGGAGUGGAUUUAUGACUAGAAAUAGUGCUUCCGUUUGGUAAUUGGCUUGUUUUUGAUUUGUGGACAUAAUCAGUAGAACAAGGUUUCCUUUUUUUUUGAUUACCUGCUCUUGGGGCUAACUUUGCAAUCCAGAUAAGAAUAAAUAAGAAAGGCUGCUUAAGCCCUACUGUAUGUUACAUCUUUUACUAAUAUGUCCAUAUGUUAUGGAUUCUUUGAUGCCAUUUUAAUAUUAAUCUUUCUAGACUGCAACUGAAAAUAUAUAGAUGAAUAAACAUUGUCACUG